CAUUAUGUACCCGAUAAUCGUAUCCCUGUGUACCACAAUCACCGCCUACAUCUUCAUCGGCUUCUACUUCCUAGGAACAGCUCGCUGGCCUUCCUCUUACCACAAUAAACGGGUUCUCUUUGUCACCUCCCACCCUGACGAUGAGUGCAUGUUCUUCGGUCCCACCAUCAGGUACUUCCAAUCAGUGGGACAGGUGUUCCUGCUGUGUCUGAGUAACGGUAACCAUGAUGGUUUGGGUGAGGUCAGGGAGGAGGAACUGGAGCAAAGUGCUAAGAAGUUGGGUAUUCCAGGUGAGAAUAUGAAGAUAGCAGAAAAUGAGGGUUUACAAGAUGGCCCUAGUAAUAAGUGGGAUGUUGAGGUGGUGGGGGAGGAGGUGGGGAACUAUGCUAAACAGUGCACACCUGAUAUCAUCAUCACGUUUGAUAGGUAUGGUGUGUCCGGACAUCCUAAUCAUAUAGCCACUAGUAAAGGAGUGACCUACGCUUGCAAGAAUAGUUCAGUUAGUAGCGACACCCUCAUCUACCAGCUGGACUCCGUCAACGUCAUCAGAAAAUACAGCAGUUUUAUGGACUGCUUCAUAUCGUGCACGUCUAAGAUCUACAUGAUCGCAUCCCUGAGAGACAUCAUCAACAUCCAGGGAGCUAUGAAGCAUCACGGUAGUCAGCUCACGUGGUUUAGAAAACUUUAUGUAGUGUUCAGCAGGUACAUGGUGGUCAACUCGCUGCGAAGUGUCAGUGUACAAUAACGUGUUGAGUAGCUAGUUUUUAACAGUGCGAAGUUCUAGACACUAGUCGAGUUUUUAAUGUUGUGUGUGUGUUUUUGAAGGAAGUGUUUUGUGGUGAUCUGAGCUCUGGGCUGGUUAGUCGAGAGUAGAGUUCAGGUGUUUUGGUGGUUUUUCUUGAACGCACGUUAGUGUUGUAUUUGUUGUAUUAUCAGAAGGUUACUGUAUGUUAUAAUAUGAUAAUUGAAUCUGUAUAUUUGCUAUUUUGCUAAUAGAAUUAUGACAGGAAUGUACAAUGCGGUGUGGCUAUAUAGUUUAUUAUAUUCUUAUGUUAUUCGUGUUUCUUGGUAGCACUGUUUGGGUAUUGCCGUGUUUGUUGCAUUUUGCGUAUCGUUAUUUAGAUCGUUUUUUCUUUCAGCUUAAAUGUGCGAAUAUGUAUAUCAUUUUAUUUGAAUGCUUUAAUGUUGAACAUAGAUAGAAUUUUGAUAUUUCAUCGGAAGUAAUAUUUUUGUUAUUGGUUUUUAUUUCUUAUUGAUAAAAU